UGACCACCUCGCUCACGCUUCGCUCGCUCUCUCUCUCUCUCUCCGACCUCCAACUCGAAGCGGGAAGAACGGUUUUCACAUUCUCGUCUCCUCCUCUGCAUUCCGCCACAAAACACUCCCUCUCCUUCUCUCCCUCCGAAAAACUUCUCUCUGUCCCCCUCUAUCUGGGAUCUUCCAUCCAAAACUCCUAUCUUCUCUCUCAGACAAAAGAAACAAAACCAGGCAUUCUGCGGAUUUCAGGGACCAAAGCACAGAUCGGACGGUGUCGGUCCAUGACGCGCCUGCCUCGGAAGCGGCAGGGCUUGCCCAAAGACGACGAUUUGGCGGCAGACGACGCCGGAGACUCGGUGGCUACUGAGAAUUGUUCGUCUUCUUCGGUUGAGUUCGAGCCGCAUUCAUCUCCGUCGCCAGUUGCUGAUACAGAACCAGAUAGCGAGGCUAAGGACAAACCUGUUCGGGUUUACGCAGAUGGCAUCUAUGAUCUCUUCCAUUUUGGCCAUGCUCGAUCGCUCGAGCAGGCGAAGAAACUGUUCCCAAACACAUAUCUGCUUGUUGGUUGCUGCAACGAUGAGGUUACACACAAGUACAAGGGGAAAACUGUUAUGACUGAAGCUGAACGAUAUGAGUCCCUUCGUCACUGCAGGUGGGUCGAUGAAGUUAUUCCUGAUGCUCCAUGGGUCAUCACAGAGGAGUUCCUUGAUAAACACAAGAUAGACUAUGUGGCCCAUGACUCUCUUCCAUAUGCAGAUGCAAGUGGAGCUAGCAAUGAUGUCUAUCAAUUUGUUAAAGCAGUUGGGAAAUUCAAGGAGACACAGCGCACAGAAGGGGUAUCAACAUCAGAUAUUAUAAUGAGGAUUCUUAAAGAUUACAAUCAGUACAUAAUGCGAAACUUAGCCCGUGGUUAUUCAAGGGAAGACCUUGGUGUGAGCUAUGUGAAGGAGAAACAAUUGAGAGUGAAUAUGGGAAUAACCAAAUUGCGAGAGAAAGUAAAGGAACAACAAGAGAAGGUGGGACAGAAGUUGCAUACUGUGGCAAAGACGGCUGGUAUGCAUCAUGGGGAGUGGGUUGAGAAUGCAGAUCGCUGGGUUGCAGGUUUCCUUGAGAAGUUUGAGGAAGGUUGCCACAUAAUGGAAACAGCCAUCAAAGAUCGCAUCCAAGAAGGCCUGAAGAGGCAGCAGUCCAAAGCCACGGAAAAUCUACUCCUGGAUGAGUAGUCUUGAGAUGAAUGGUUUCAAGUCCUAUGUCUAAAAUGUAGGAUAAAGUAAAACAAUUGAGAUGCAGGAAUCAUUGUUAGUAUGAUUUCUUCCCUUUAUUAUUAUGCUGUUAUAUGUGCUUGUAAAGUUGGUGGUGCAACAUAUGAUGAAAAUAGUAAAAGUGCAAUCUAUGUGUGCCACUGCACAAAGCAGAUUGAGAAUUGUACCAGUGUCUUCAUCCAUUAAAAGCCUCAUUUUUUAGCUCUUAUUUUUAUUGAUUAAAUACCAUAUCCUUCCAUUUAUUUCAUGAUUAA